CGCUAGACAUGCAAUAGUAACAUCAGCAUAGUUGAAAUAGUUGCUCUAUUGAUAAUUUUAGUGAAUCCACUUUUUUUUUAUUGUUGCUUUGUUGCGGUGUGAUGUAAUUUUGUGACAUAUUUUUUCUUUUGGCUGACCAAAUUUUAACUUCCAAAAUUUUAAUUUCAUUUUGAAAAGAAUUGCUAAAGAUGUCUGAUGUCAAAGAUGAAAAAAAAGAGGCAGAAGAGAAAGUUUAUGGUGGUAUAGAAGGCCCUAAUUCUCAAUAUGUGAAACUAAUAUCAUCCGAUGGACAUGAAUUUAUUGUUAAAAGAGAUCAUGCACUUACAUCUGGAACCAUCAAAGCCAUGUUAAGUGGCCCAGGUAAGCAUUUAAAAAAAAAAAGAAAAGUCAUUAAAAAAAAAACAAUGUCAUUAAUCAAUUACGUGUGUUAAUUUUUAAUUUGUAUUGACAUACGGUAGGGAAGGAAUAUUAAAGAUUUUAAAAUCUUUUGUCGCGGUAUUAUAUUUAAAAUGUCGCUAAAGAGGAAGCAUUAAUAUCAAUAGAACUAGAACCAUUUGCUUUAUUUGAUUUAACUGUGUGGUUUUUAAAAUUGAAAUUGUUGUCUUUGCUUUCUUAAAAAGUCGUGAGAGCUUGGUUGGGUUUGAAUAAAAGAUUAGGAUUUCACAAACAAAAAAACAAAUUUGCUAGACUAUGAGCAUGUUUUUUAUUAGAAAUAAAAAUCAUGUUCCGGUCUCCAUUAUUACUUCAUUUAAAUUUUAGAUUGAUAGGAAUUGGUGUGGGGUUGGAGUAUGUGUUAUUUGUAAUAUAUUUUCUUAGUGAAUAUCGCUAAAGUAACCUAAUUAUUACAUAAAAUAUAUUAAAUCCUCUAAAUGUGCCAUCCUCUUUUAUAAUUUUAUAUUGCCAUUCUCUGUAUCAUUUAAGAAAAUGUUUCCUUCUUUUCAGGGCAGUUUUCGGAACAUGAGAACAAUGAAAUUAAUUUUAGGGAAAUUCCGUAAGUUAUUUAUUGUUGGAUCAAUUAAAACUAUUUACAGUUAUUGUUAGCAUAUUAGUGUUAUUGCAGUCUGGUACCAUUUUUAUGUCAAAUUUUGUAGGGAAGCUAGUGUUAUUGUAGUGCGGUACCAUUUUGAGGAAAUAUUACCAUAAUUUGUGACUUUGAUGCAUUGGGCACUCCCCAAUUUUGUAAAAGGAAAUCUGUUUCAUAGCCCUACCCACUAUCCCCAAUUUUACCCACUGAAUAAAAUAAUUCAGCAUAAAAACAGGAGUGAUCAUGAGAAAUUCAGGUUGGUGCACUAGUUUAAUCAUUAAUAAGUAACUUUGUUUCCAAUAUAUCGCCUCUCUCACAACUUUUUAAUUUUUAAUUUUGUAACACUAAACACUUUUGGCUUUGGAAGCUAAUGCUCACCCCAUACUCCAGUCACUUACCUUUGGUUUAUAAGACACAUGAAGGUUUGUUUGGUAUUUUAUUGAGAAAUGGUGUUUGUGCCUUUUUAAACCACAAAAAAGGGCAUCUGCUUAUUUUUUAAUUUGUUAAAAAUAUUUAUUUGGCAUGGUCUCAACAGUCUUAAAAUGCUCAAAGUCAAGAAAUAACUACAGAAAACAGUAUACAAUUUAAUUUUUUUUAAGGUCAAAAUAGCACUUCGUACCCAGUACAUACUUUCACUAUUAUAAAGAAGUCAAUUUCAUUCAUCACUUUUCUUUAUCGCAAGCUUUUCCCCUUUGGAAAAGUUUGUAUUAGCCCCUUCUACUGUGCUAUGCUUUGAAAGGCAUGUCUAAAGCACAGCACAGUGUAAUGCCUUUUGCUGCAUGAUUUUUCUUUAGGGUGCCUUGUCAUCUCUAACCAAAAGUUCACACCAGACUGAAAGUUUACUAGUUUUAGAUCAUGUUGUUGUCUAUGAGGCAAUCCAAAUUUUUUCCUUUUUUUUAUAAGUUUAAACUUAAGUAUUUCUUUCGAGCUUUUUAACAAGUUUAUUAGCAAGCUUAGAUAGGAAAUUACCAAACAAAUGUUGAAUCCAUUGAAAUUGAUGUAUACGUUGAUAUUGCUGACCCUAGGGCUAAAGUUAAUUCUGAAUCAAACCAAUAUAGUACAAGUGCUCCGGGUGUUUAUGCCGAUACUGACCAUUUGUCAUGACAGUAGACUUGUGGACAUUUACUGAUUUUGAAACUUAUGGCUUUAUAAUUUAAAUGCUAUUCCAUAUACUAUAAAUAAGCCAAAUUUUUAUGAUUAUAGUAUAUAUUUAAAAUAAAGGGGGAAAUUUUUAUUUUUAAAAACCUGUUUCGAAAGUUGAGUUAUGUUAUGUCUCGUUACUUAGUCAGAUAGGAUGAUUUACACAAAACUAAGUUAGACAAAAGUAGAGACAUUAUUUUGUAGCACUUUAAGAGUUCAAAAAAAUUUUGAUUAUUAAAAUAGAAGAUGCAGAUUUAGCUACUAGUAAAUUCUAAUAAGAGUAUGUUAAAGACAAAAUGAAUGUUACAUAAAAAAUGUGUUUAAUUAUAGUAGAUAUUAGAUGUGCUCUUAAUUUUUGGCCAGGUAGUUUUUGAUAAAUUUUAAAGAUGAUUUAAUAAAAUUUAAACUUUAAAACAAAUAUUGAAAAAUGUUCAUAUCGUGGUUAUAGUGGAAAGGCUAAAAUGGGUGACUACAAAUUUUUAUAAAAAAAGUUAAAAGAAAAGGGAAAAUGUGUAUUUUAUUGAAAAUUAAUUUGAGUUGUGCUUCCUUACUUUAAGGAAAACACCUUGAUCAAAAUAUGAAUCUAUAUAUUCCCCAGGUCCCAUGUGCUUCAGAAAGUUUGUAUGUACUUCACAUACAAAGUGCGGUACACAAAUUCUUCUACAGAAAUCCCAGAGUUCCCAAUUGCACCAGAAAUUGCUUUAGAGUUGCUCAUGGCUGCCAACUUUCUUGACUGUUAAGAUAUUAUUUUUAAUAAUUAUUAUAUGAAAUUCACCUAGCAAGAAACCGUUUUUUCAUUAUUUCAAGAUUGGUGUAGAAGAGCAUGCUGAGACAGGGGAAAUGCAUUUUAUUGAUUUUUUGUGGUACAACUAAACCAUUGGCAAAGUAAAUUAUUUAUGUUGAAUACAGCUGGAAUAAGCAGUAUUUUUUUAAAGAUAAUAUACUUGUUUAAAUGUACUUGCUAGGAAGAAAAUAAAAAUGGAAUUUGAAUAGCAUUUCUAUUGCAUCAAUGCUUCUAGAAAAGUGUGCAAAAGUGUAGACAUUGCCUUUUAUUUAAAUUUGACUUAUUAGUCUUUGCUCUUUUGAAGUCCAUAAUAACACUACAUACAAACAAGCAUAUGAUGUAAACAAUUCAUAAUUGUGUUAGAAAAAUAUGUUAAACAUAAAUAACUUAUUCUGUGUUUCUUUUAACUAAUUGCUAGUUUGAGAUCAGCUUAGUUUAUUUUUUUUUUUUAUUUAUUACCGGGUACAUCAAACUCAAAUAAAUAGCACCAUCUGCAACAAUUGUUAAUUAUUGAAGGUGCGAUGCGAUAACAUAGUACAGCUAGCUUUAUGCUCUCCUGCAUUUUCGUUUUUUUACAGUGCUGUGUAAUAAAUAUUUGGAUCCUAAUUUUUACAGUGGUUAUUAAAAAUAACAAAAUCAA